CAUUUCCCUUUCUCACUUCUCUCUCUCUCUCUCUCUCUCUCCAGCGUCGCCGCCCCUCCACCGCCCCCGCUUUUUUACGCCGAAUCUCAGGAUAAAUUACAGAAAAAGGGCACAAAUUUUUCCAGGAGUCCAAAUUGUUUUUCUCAAACGCAUAGAGCGAGAACCUAAGCUUCAAUUCAGCUAUUAGAUCGGAAAAUACGAAUAGCCCGCAAAAUUUCUUGACAGAGAGAGCCAAUCCAAAGCUCAGAUUUCGACCCUUCUUUCUUUGCUUCUGAGCAAUCUACUCCUCUGGGAUAAUACUUGCACUUAAGUCACUCAAGUAUAAUAUUUUGAUUUCAUUGUUAUGUAUUUUGGUUUUGUUUAGUCCUCUUUGUAAUGUUAAUUGCCAGAAUCCAUAAAAGGGUAUCCAAAUUCUCUGGUAUGAUUUCCCAACUCAACCAAAUCCCUCUUUUUUCUCCUGUUUUGUAUGAAAGAGCUAGUUAUAUUCAAAACCCGUCUUUUAUUUCGCUUAGGUUUCUAAGCGUUCGUAGUUCUAGCCUUGCCCAUAGCGCCGAUGUCUCUAGGGUGUCUCGGGUUACCAGAACUGAAGCUCAAGAAGCGCUUUUUGAUUACCUGCACUGUACAAGGAACUUCAACUUCAUGGACGCUGAGCAUAUAAGCAAGAACUGCCCUUAUUUUGUUCAGAAUCUGCUCUCUGAAAUCGAUACCGAGAAAGACAUUCCUAGGGAAUUAACUAGGUUUUUUCAUUACCAUCCCAUUAAUGAGUUUGAACCCUUCUUUGAGAGCUUGGGUCUGAGACCAUCAGAGCUUCCCUUGCUUCUCCCUCGAGACUCGAUGUUUUUGAGUGACAAUUCUUCUAUGCUUCAGAACUUCCAUGUCUUGUGCGAUUAUGGAAUUCCGCACAGUAAGAUCGGAAGAAUGUAUUUGGAAGCAAAAGAGAUUUUUGGAUAUGACAAAGGAGUGAUGUCUUUGAAACUUCGGGCUUAUGAAAAAUUGGGUUUGAGCAGACCUACUGUGAUUAAACUUGUUAGCUGCUAUCCACUGCUUUUGGUUGGUGGUGUUAACUCUGAAUUUGUGAAGGUUCUUCAAAAGUUGCGGGAAUUAGGGAUUGAAAAUGAUUGGUUUAGGGGGUAUAUAACUAGUAGCAAUACUUGCAACUGGAAGAGAAUGACUGAUACAAUGGAUUUUCUUCAAGAUGUGGGUUUUAGGGAGGAGCAGAUGCGCAGUUUGUUAAAAACAAGUCCUUCAUUGUUGCUUGAAGGUUCUGGGAAGAGGGUGUAUGCAUUGUUUGGCAGGUUACUCAAGUUGGGUCUCGAGAUGAAUGAGAUCUGCUUCAUGUUUAAGCAAAAUCCAAAAAUAUUGUCGAGAAAGUUUUCGCAGAAUCUUUUGCAGGCAGUCGAUUUUCUUUUUGGUAUUGGAAUGCCUAUAGAAGAUAUUGCUGAUAUUGUGAGUAAGCAUAUCGAAUUCUUGGGUUCUUCUACUCUUAAAGGACCCAAAACUGUUUGUAAAGAGUUGAAAGUUCGUCGAGAUCAUCUAUGCCAGAUUAUAAAAGAAGACCCUCUUGGGGUGUUAUGGCUGGCUUCAAAACUGAAAAAUAAGAGCAGUGAACAAAUAUCAUGCCCAAGUCCGAGUAAACAUCUAGAGAAAUCAUCAUUCUUGGUGAGAUUGGGGUAUGCUGAAAACUCAGAUGAGAUGACAAAAGCUUUGAAAAAAUUCAGGGGUAGGGGAGACCAGUUACAAGAGAGAUUUGAUUGCCUGGUACAAGCCGGUUUGGACUGUAAUGUUGUGGCGGACAUAAUUAAACGCGCUCCUAUGGUUCUGAACCAGAGCAAAGAUGUGAUUGAAAAGAAGAUUGAUUGCUUGAUAAAUUAUUUAGGUUAUCCCCUGGAAUCUGUGGUUGCAUUUCCAACAUAUUUAUGCUACGAUAUGGAGCGGAUUAACCUUAGAUUCUCUAUGUAUGCGUGGCUGAGGGAGAAAGGUGCAGCCAAGCCUAUGUUGAAAUUGAGCACUCUCCUUGCGUGUUCGGAUUCACGAUUUCUUAAAUAUUUUGUGGAUGUUCAUCCUGAAGGUCCAGCUAUGUGGGAAACCCUGAAAAGUUCAUCAGUGUCAAGCUAAGAAUAAUGAAAAACGCUUGAGAGCACUGCUACUAAUAGACGUGGGCCCUGUCUGUGGUAUCACCUGCUAUUAGUGUGUGGGGCUCAGCACUAUUAGCGUCCUAUCAUUGUUCAAGAAUAAUUUUGUCCUUCUGUCCAAUAAAAUAUUAA